UAAAGCAUAUGAGGUGGUUGGACGACAAGUUUCCCUAUCCACUCAUGUUUAAUUAAAGCGAUUGCAGCAGUUGUUUUUUGAAUUAAAUUUCGCCAUUUGACUUGGUAGUCGUGACGCGAACUAUUUACUUCCACGUAUUCAACAUUAUUUCUAAACAUGAUAGUUGGUGAUGUUAACAUUGAAACUAAUAGAUUGAAAAAAAAAGAUUCCACGAAGAAGAACAACUUCACCACACAACUUAAAGAUUAUUUUACAGAAUACAGUGAAAAUUCAGGAAUUCAUGGAAUAAAAUAUCUGGGGGAACAAAACAGAACGAUAUCUGAAAAGAUUUGGUGGUUCACUGCAUUAUUGGCUGCUUUAUACUUAUGCGUGACUUUAAUAAUACGCACGUAUCAAAAAUGGGAGAGUUCCCCAGUUAUUGUAUCAUUUGCAACUAAGGAAACCCCCAUUUGGCAAAUUCCAUUCCCAGCGGUAACUAUUUGUCCAGAGACUAAAUCUUUGCCGACAGCUUUCAACUACACCGACAUGUUAUACAAAAAGUUACAGAACCGUCCAGUCACAGAAGACGAAGAACUAAAAUUUUCCUACAUAGCGUCUCUAUGCACUUACCACCCAGAACUAACAUACAAUCUAAAUGAUUUUGUUGACGCUGAAAACAUGUUCGAAUUUUUAGAAAAAGUCUCGCCCAAAUUUUUAGAAAAUAUUUCUGAUUGCUUUUACAUGGGCCAUGCUUAUAACUGUUCUGAUAUAUUUACACCUAUUGUAACAGAUGAAGGCCUAUGUUACGCUUUCAACCUAUUAAACCGUGAAAAUAUUUUGUCAGACACUGUUUUACAUUAUAACAACUAUCACUCUCUAACAAAAUACAGAGCGGAAUGGUCUUUAGAACAUGGUUACAAGAACUCAGCUGGCAAAAACACUUACCCUAGAAGAGCUCUUCAUGCCGGGGCAUUAUUUGACUUCGAAUUGAAAAUACAAACACUAGAUAACGAACUGGAUUUUACUUGUGGAAGUUCCAUACAAGGAUAUAAAAUACAAAUCCAUCAUCCUGCGAUGUUGCCAAGGGUUAAACAACAACAUUUUCGAAUACCAUUAGAUCAAGCUGUAAUAGCAGCCACAAUGCCUACAAUGAUUCAAACAUCAGAAGCAGUAAAAUCUUAUAAACCGGAAAGAAGACAGUGUUACUUCCCUUCUGAAAGAAAUUUGAAGUAUUUUAAAAUAUACACUCAACAAAAUUGUCAAAUCGAAUGUAAAACCAACUAUACCUUGAAAGUGUGUGGAUGUGUGGACUUUUACAUGCCACGAGAGAAAGGAACAAAAAUUUGUGGAGCACCUUUAAAAGUCUGCAUGCAGGAAGCAGAAGACCAGCUACUCUCAGAAGGAAUAGAAACAAAUAUACGUCAUGUACAAGGUCUGCAAGUGAAAAAUGACAUAUUGCAUCAAACCAUUAACAAAUGUGACUGUAUGCCAGAAUGUACUUCAAUGACUUACAUCGUUGAAAAUUCACAAUCAGAAUGGGACUGGGUUAGAAAAUAUCAAUUUGACCCUGAAUAUUCACAGUUUAAUAAGUCGAAAAUGCAUAUGUCCUAUCUGCAAGUUUUCUUCAAAGAUUUCUUGGCAAACUUUGGAGGUCUUCUUGGAUUAUUCACAGGGUUUUCGUUAUUGUCGUCGGUGGAAAUUCUGUAUUACCUAAGUCUGCGAUUGAUAUGUAACAUAAAACUAUAUGGCAUUAGAUAUUGGUCCGGUAAACACGAAUAA